UUAAUUAAUAUAAAUAGGAGGCCCACCUUUGACAUAGAAAAUAGGGAUUUCUUGGUACGCACGAGAAUUAGAAGACACAGAAAAACAAAUAUAUUUGCAGGCGCAAUUAGGUCUCUCGCAAAGUUCAGAAGAAAUUGAGGAAGAAAAAGCUGAGAUUGAAUCGAGAGAGAGAAGCUCUGGAUUCUCCUUCCCGUCCUCAGCGACGGUUCAUAUGCCGGUUGGCUUUCAGGUUUUGCCGGAUUUGGAUAUAGACAGCUUCAUUUCCUUCAACAAGACAUGGAGAAAGUGUGCUUCUGGUCAAAUUGCUUCCAGUUUCGAGUUUUUUCAUUUCAAGAAGUGCUCGACUGGCGGUUUCUUGUCCUUGGAGACUUUCUUUUGGUUUCCUUUGUUAAUUGCACUUAGUGGUCAGUUUCUCUUUAAUGAACAGAACAGGAGGCGUGAUGCAAAAUUUUUCUGACAUAGGUGUUGGAUCUUUAGUGCACUUGUUCAAGUAAGCAAGUUAUCCUUUCUUUUUUGACAAAUUUAUGCCGUGACAUUUCUAACAAAUUAUUGUGUUAUAGUGCAUUACUGAUACAACAUCCAGUCAAAGCUCUUGGCAACACGUCUUCUGGGGGUUAAAGUCUGCAAGGAACCAAUUGAAAGCUACUUAGGUAGUUAUAGAUAAGCCCUUUCUUACUUCAAAUCUCUGCAGACUGUAGUUCUUAGAAAAUGAUUGCUCGCAAUGGGUGCUGGUUUUGAGUGUCAAGAUACAAGGUCACUGAACAAUUUCUACAUAGUGUAGAUGAGGUAGCUUUUUAUCGUGUUGUCAAACCCUUUAGCGACUGUCUUGAGCAUAGGGAUCCUUCCUGUUGGCUACAGCAAUCAUUCUGGUCGGUUCCUACUUCUGUGUUUGGUACCAAUAUGUUUCGCCGUCCUUGUUUUAUCCUGUCCUCCAUGCUUUCUGUCUAUCUUGAAGUUGUGGCAAUGAUAAUGAAUGAGCCCAUCCAUCAAAAUCAUUCUGGUUUUGUUCUCUCAAUUACCUUCACAGAAAAUUAACUGGAGAGUUAGCUGGACCAAGGCAGGCUUGUAUACUUUCUACUAGGGUUCAUCUAGCUUAGAUGUCAUAUAGCGUUUUUGAGACUUAAUACUUUUCGUGAAUAAAGGAGGAGCUUCUUUGUGUUCCACAAGGAGAAUGGAGAGGUACAAGUUAAUCAAGGAAGUUGGUGAUGGAACAUUUGGGAGCGUGUGGCGAGCGAUUAAUAAGCAAUCUGGUGAAGUUGUUGCGAUUAAAAAGAUGAAGAAAAAAUAUUAUUCAUGGGAAGAGUGUGUUAAUCUGAGAGAAGUUAAGUCAUUGCGGAGAAUGAAUCAUCCAAAUAUUGUGAAACUCAAGGAAGUCAUACGGGAAAAUGGCAUAUUGUACUUUGUUUUUGAGUACAUGGAAUGCAACCUUUAUCAACUUAUUAAGGACAGAGAAAAGCUAUUAUCAGAAGCUGAAGUCAGGAAUUGGUGUUUCCAAGUGUUUCAAGGUCUUGCUUACAUGCACCAGCGAGGAUAUUUUCACCGUGACUUGAAGCCAGAGAACUUGUUGGUUACGAAGCAUCAAAUUAAAAUCGCUGAUUUUGGUCUUGCUCGAGAAAUCAAUUCACAACCACCCUAUACGGAGUAUGUCUCAACACGGUGGUAUCGGGCCCCAGAGGUGCUGCUUCAGUCAUACCUAUAUGGUUCCAAAGUUGAUAUGUGGGCAAUGGGUGCUAUCAUGGCUGAACUAUUUUCUCUUCGUCCUCUUUUUCCUGGUACAAGUGAAGCAGAUGAGAUCUAUAAAAUAUGCAAUAUAAUAGGGAGUCCAACAGAGGACUCCUGGGCUGAUGGCCUUAAUCUUGCAAGUGCUAUUAACUAUCAAUUCCCACAGUCAGUUGGUGUCCACCUUUCUGCACUCAUACCAUCAGCAAGUGAGGAUGCAAUCAACCUUAUCAAGUUGCUUUGUUCUUGGGAUCCAUGCAAGAGGCCUACAGCCACAGAGGCACUUAAACAUCCUUUUUUCCAGAGUUGCUUUUAUUAUGUUCCACCAACCCUUCGUUCCAGAGCACCUGUUUCUAGAACUCCUUCAUCUGCUGGAACAAAGGCCACCUUGGAGCAGCAAUAUGCGCAUCCAGUGGUAUUGUCUAAUUUAAAGGUCACUCAAAGUUUUCCAUCUCCAAAGUUCAAUGCUUGCUUGAGCACAGGUGUACAGCGUAAACUGGACCUGGUUAACCAGGACGCUAGUGGAAAUGAUAAAGCAUUUAAGAGUACUACUAAACAACAGAAAUAUCGACCACCAGGAAGGAAGAAGAGCCCAACUGUGAUUAACAAGGCCAGAGCUGCACGGGGGGUUACGGAUGCAGCUGAUAAGUUUGCAAGUAUGACGAUUGGUUCCCACGGGCAGAUUGGGGCACAACCUAAGCCACCACCUAUGAAAGCUGGAGUGCAGUGGACUGGUGAAUCUGGUGACAUGUUUCUCAGACCAACCCAUCAAUUUCAACCUAGCAGAACUUAUACUAGGAAAGUUGUGGAAUGACGUCUUUGGAGAGGACUACUUCAGGGGGCUCUUAGUAGGUGGUGCAAUGUAGUACAAUAAUUAGAAUUUCAUGCUAUGUUUGUGUGGUGUGGUGUUGAUGUUAUUAAAAAAAAAAAAAAUUUUAAAAACCCCGAUAAACGUGGUGCUUGGAGAUCAAUAAAUAACUUUUGAAGUUGGUAGA